AUGUCGUCGGCCUCCGGCUCCGGCGCCGGCGGCCGGCGCAUCACCAUCAAGUCCAUCUCCUGCCGCGGCGUGAGGGCGUUCGUCCCGUUCCAGAAGCCGCCGCUCUACGCCGCGGUGUCCCUCGGCGGCCGCAGGGAGAAGACGCAGCCGGACGCCGACGGCGGCGAGAGCCCGGACUGGGAUGACGCGGUGUUCGCGUUCGACCUCGACGGGGAUGGCGCGCAGGCGCAGCAGCAGCUGGUGGUGGUGGAGUUCAAGGUCAAGGCGCAGGUGCCGAUCCUCGGCAACAAGCUCGUCGGCACGGCUAGCGUGCCCGUGGCCGACCUGGCGGUGGCGACCGGAGACGACGCGGGGCUGCGCCACGUCAGCUACCAGGUGAGCGCCCCCGACGGCAAGCCGAACGGCACGCUCAGCUUCGCAUACGCCAUCAGCGGCGGCCCUGGCGCCGGCGUGCGCCCGCAGCCGCAGCUCUACCCGGCGCCGGGUGGUGCGCGGCCGGAUCAAAACCCGAGCUUUUGCUGCGCGCCUCCUUCAAGCGAAGCGUAUCCACCACCCGUGGCGGCUGCAAACUUCCCGCCACAGAGCGCCGGGUACCCGCCGCCGGCUUCCGCUUCUCUCUAUCCGUCACUGCAAGGAUUGUUGUCCCCACGCAGCUACCCGCCUCCGCCGCCGCCUUAUCCACAGUUUCCAGCGCCAAGCAACAGCAGCUACCCGCCGCCGGCUGCUGCUACUACAGCAUACCCACCGCCACCCGCGUCAUGUGCAGCCUGUCCGGCGCCUCCGGCAGAGUUCACCAGGUACCCGCCGCCGCUGACAGGGGCUGCUACGGCAUACCCACCACCACCGCCUGCGUCGUCGUGUGCAGCCUGCCCGGCGCCUCCGGCGGCACAAUACAGCAGCUACCCGCCGCCACCGUCGACCAACUACCCACCGGCGCCGCCCAGCGGGUACCCGCCACCACCGGCGUCCAAUUUGACCCCUCCGACCAGCACGUACCCACCGCCGCCGGAGUCAGGCUCGGCCUACCCAGUUUAUCCAAGAUCGGCGCCUUCGCCGCCGCCAGGAACAGUUGACCGUGCACUACCGUACUACCCGGCGCCUCCGGCGGCACAAUACAGCGGCUACCCGCCGCCACUGUCGACCAACUACCCACCGGCGGCGCCGAGCGGGUACCCGCCACCACCGGCGUCCAAUUUGACCCCUCCGACCAGCACGUACCCGCCGCCGCCGGAGUCAGGCUCGGCCUACCCAGUUUAUCCAAGAUCGGCGCCUUCGCCGCCGCCAGGAACAGUUGACCGUGCACUACCGUACUACCCGGCGCCUCCCGGCGGCUCGUACUACCCUCCGCCGGGGACACGGCACCCUGAGAUCUACGGAGCGGCGAGGACGCCGUCUUACUACCCACCACCGGGGAGUCGAUACCCGUAG